GGAUUUUGACGUUUGAGAACACAGUUUGAGUAGGAAUAGUAUUUCAAGAAGAAGAAGAAUUUCAGUAAUAUUUAUAAUAUUUCAAUUUAUUUACUAUUUAUUUUUUUAUGGUAGCUAGAGCACAGAAUAAAUAAUAGUACUACGUACUCGGGGGCGCCUCGCGAUUAUAUAGGAAAUGGGUGAUAAAAAAUCAAAUGUGGAUAGUGUAGAAGUUGGUUAUGAAUUCACGUGUACAUCAUGCAGUUUGAGUGAAAAGGCACAUUACAAAGGAACAAAGCCCCCGUUCUCACGUAAUAUAGUUCUCAAGUAUCCAAGUUAUGUGAUGAAAGAUCCAUUUAGCCCUACUGGAAAAGGAGAAAUUCUUAUGUUAGGUUCAGAUUGUUCAAUAUGUGAUAGACCCGUUUGCAUAAGCAAAGAUUGUAGCAUAUUUUAUAAACAGAUAUUUUGUUUAAAUUGUGCACAAAAUUCCAUAGAAAAAUUCCCUGUAGAAAUCAAAGUAAAAAUAAACCAGUGCAAAAAAUAUAUCACUUAUAUUAUUAACCUAACCUUUGUUUUAUAUGUGGUUUCAUGUUACAGCAGGUUAAUAUAUGAAUGCUUUUUAUUGUAACCUCACAAUAAUAAAACUAAGCAUAGUCAAUUAGUCAUACCAGUCAUAGUCAUACCUUCUGAACAUUGUCUGCUUGUGAUUGCUUUAUCUGAUAAGUCACUCAUUGUCAGAUAGAUUACAUAUAAAAACAGGUACUGCCGUUGGGUGUUGGGUUGCUAUUAUUUUUAAUUAAUGAGCUUAUUUAAUUUUUAAUUAACCAUAGAACAUCUAAUUUCCAUUGACAACCAAAAUCUUAAUUUCUUAUUACUAUUAAAUUUUAGACUCUGGGGGACCUUAAAAAAAAGACCUAGUUUUUCCUCAAAUGCUGGCAAAGCACCUUAAAUUGCUCAGUUAUAUCUGAUGUAUAUGGUUGGAAGCAAUCACUUGGCAUCAGGUUGCAGAACUAUUUUUUAUAAAAUGAACUGUUAGUCCAACUGAUGGUAAGUGGCUAAUGCCAUCUUACACACUGAGUUGUCACUACACAUCUGAGGACUAAGAUGGAAUACCUCUUAACUAUACUGGCUCUUUAUAUCCUUCAGGUCGGAACACAGCAGUGCCAGCAUAUAUAUAUAUAUGGAUGGAUAUAUGUAUAUGUGUGUGUAUAUGUAUUUAAGUAUAUAUUUAUGUUUACAGACUAUAAAUAAAAUGAGGAAGAAAUUUAAAGUAAGGAAAGCUUUGUAAAGUCAGCCGUGCACUAAUUCUGUUUUUGUUAAUAUGUGUAUAUGGCUCUCAAGAUACAGUUCUGCGGGCCUAGUGUGAGAACCACUGUUAAAUUAUUUGUAAAGGUGCUAACUGUCAAAUAAAGUAUUUUUCAUUUUUAUUAUCUUAUAG